UUCCUUCAUUUGCCUGCACUCAUUGAGAUCUGCUUUUGUUAGAGUUCCAUUGUUUGAGAGUUCUACUGAUCCGUUUUCUUUGAAGUUAAAAUGAAUAUUUACACUGUGGUUGUGGGUUCUUCUUUUUUUUCCUUGAACGUGUUACUUGCUCGCCCUGAGAAACGUCUAGUGUGAAGUAUCCUUCCAGAAGCAGAGUUGAAUUCCAGGCUUCCAGCCAUUUAUAUAGUCAACGUGAAUUUAGUGAUCACUACUGAAUCAAAAUCAAACUUUGGGGGGAAAUGGAGUUUUCCAAAAUUUUUACGAUAUGUUUUUCUGUAUUGCUCUUGUGCUCCUCGUUGGCCUAUGGUCAAGCAAGGAGCCCUCCUGCUCCGGUCGCAAUGAGCCCGACUCCAACACCAGCCCCAGCACCGGCACCGCCAUAUGUAAACCUCACUUAUUUACUCUCAGUGGCUGGUCCAUUUCACACUUUCCUUGACUACCUUGAGUCCACUAAAGUGAUUGACACCUUUCAAAACCAAGCCAACAACACUGAUCAAGGGAUUACAGUUUUUGUACCAAAAGACAGUGCCUUCAAGGAUCUUAGGAAGCCUUCAUUUUCCAAUCUCAGUGAUGACCAGCUUAAAUCACUUAUCCUUUACCAUGCCUUGCCCAGAUUUUACACACUUGCAGACUUCAAUGAACUCAGUACAAAGGGCUCCAUAAGUACCCUUGCUGGUGGCGAAUACACUUUGAAUUUCACCUAUGAUUCCGGAACCGUUCACCUCGAUUCCGGAUGGAGUAAAACAAAAGUUACAAGCGCUGUACAUUCAACCGAUCCGGUCGCAAUCUAUCAAGUUGAUAAGGUCCUUCUUCCUGAGGCAAUCUUCGGUACCGACAUACCUCCAACUCCUGCUCCAUCCCCAGCCCCAGUCCCUGAUGUUAGUCCCGCAGCGGAUUCUCCAUCAGCAGAAUCCAAAGAAAGUGGUUCUUCACCAAAGUCUGCUCCUUCAACUUCAUCAUCUAAUAGUAUCAUGAACUUGUGCAUUUGGAGGCAAUUGGUUUUGGCCGUCUCAGCUGGGGUUGUCCUGUUUUUCUAAAGAAAAAAGGACUUUAUUGAGUCUAAUUUAUAUUCAUGAAGCCUCACGCAUCUGGGUUUCUCAAUUUACUUUGCUUUUUAAAACCAUUUUUUCAUUUGUAUGUUAUUGAGAUGUCUGUUAAAAAUAUGAGUUGCUCUGUUUACAGUUACUAUUUCAAUUUAAAUGGCAUUUUGCCGAUAUCUCCUGUAUUUCAUUUGAUAAUAUACUUGUUUCCAUAUAUUUUUCCUAUCUA